AUGUCUAUUGACGAAUUUCUAGUAGUCUCCAAAGGAUAUUUAUCUUUCCAUCAUGAUGCAGCAGUCUCCUUAACUGUGAAGGGAACGGAGUAUGAGGUAGCAAAGAACCUUCAUAUUUACACAGCCAUUGAUCUGUCGUGCAACAAAUUUCAGGGACAAAUUCCAAACGUCACUGGAGAGCUUAGAUGGCUUGCAUUGCUCAAUUUAUCGCAUAAUAGUUUAACAGGACCUAUCCCAUCAUUGCUGAGAAAUAUGAAAGAACUCCAAUCUUUAGAUUUGUCCUCAAAUCGACUGACAGGGGCUAUUCCACCUCAGCUAACUGCAUUGACAUUUCUAGAGGUCUUGAACCUCUCGAAAAACCAUCUUAGUGGAGAGAUUCCUCAGAAAGGACAGUUCAGCACAUUCAACAAUGAUUCUUAUCUAGGAAACUCCGCGUUAUGUGGAUCACCUUUGACGAAGAGAUGUGCAAACACAGCAUCACCUCCACAAGAAGUCGGAAAUGGUGAUGAAGAUGAUGCUGGAGAUGAAUUGACAUGGGAAGCAAUCGUGAUGGGAUAUGGAUGUGGACUGAUAUGUGGAUUGUCAUCUGCGUACAUUGUUCUCAAACUAGGAAAGCCUUGGUGGUUUGUGAGAUAUAUCGAAGUACUGCAACUGAAGUUGAUGAAAAGAUAUGCAUGA